CUGUUUGUGCUUGUAUUUAGCAUGGAUAGUCGGGAGUCCUUCGAGGAGGUUAUACGUCUUCGGGAGCAGAUUCUUGAAACUAAACUAAGCGCUUGUACAUCUGCCAACAGUGGACGUUCCAAGCGUAACAUUCCUCGUGUUCCAAUGGUUAUAGCUGGCAAUAAGUGCGACCGGGACAUGAGAACUGUUACCCCUGAAGAAGCAUCAUCAUAUUGUUCUACACAAGACUCAGGUUGCGUGUUUGUUGAAACAUCCGCCAAGAAGAAUCUACACGUUGAUGAUUUAUUUUACGAAUUGUUUGUUGUGGCUAAUCUUCCAUUAGAAAUGGCCCCCAACCAUCAUAAGCGUGUCAACACUGCGUUUGGAAGUCCGUGCACGCUGCCACCACAUGUUCCAACUGGCAAAUCUAAGAAGUGUACUUUAAGCAUAAAGCGUCGGCUAAGCGACGCUUGCGGAGUAGUUGCCCCCAAUGUUAGACGCCCCUCGAUACGAACUGAUCUGAUGAUCAUGCGUACCAAGACUUGUUCUCUUGGAGAUUCAGAAGGACCGAGUUCGGCGUCAUCUGGAUUUGGUCUGGGAAAGCUGCUGAUACGAUCAGGCACCAACAGCGAUGGUCGGUGUACGAUACAAUAG